AUGGAUUGGUCCACUCAUUACCCAGCGUUCGUUUCUGAAGAGAAUUCUAUUGAAUCAUCUUUUAACGUGCCCAUCAAACAAGUGGGUCGACCACUCAUGAAAAAAAAAGUAGAAUUCGCUGAUUUAGGCUGUGGUUAUGGUGGUUUGCUUGUUUCACUUUCGUCAUUAUAUCCAGAGACUCUAAUGCUAGGCAUGGAAAUCCGCGUAAAAGUUGAAGAAUAUGUACGUGAAAAAAUUAUUGCGUUAAGACUACAACAUUCAGGACAGUAUCAGAAUAUAUCUAUAAUAAGAAUGAAUGUUAUGAAAUUUUUGCCAAAUUUCUUUGAAAAAGGGCAGUUAUCGAAAAUGUUCUUCUUAUUUCCGGAUCCACAUUUUAAGGCGCGAAAACAUAAAGCCAGGGUUAUAACAAAUCAAUUAUUAGCAGAAUAUGCAUAUGUUUUGCGUGUUGGUGGUAUAAUCUACACUAUAUCAGAUGUGAAAGAUUUGCAUGAAUGGAUGGUUAAACAUUUGGAUGAACAUCCACUUUUUGAACGAAUACCAGAUGAAGAAGUGGAGAAAGAUCCAGUCAUCCCAUUUGUCAGAACUGAGACCGAAGAAGGCAAAAAAGUAGAACGUAAUAAGGGCGAAAAGUUCUUAGCUUGCUAUAGACGUAUUAUGAACUAA